AUGGGCUUUUUCCACUGCUCGGAAUAUGUCAUGACCGCCCUCUACAAUCGCGACGUCCUUUCUUUCGACUCCUUUCUCAUCAACCACAGUCGAAGCUAUCACGUGGCAGCGCUCAGCUGUUGCAUCGAGUACUACUUGGAAAUGCGCUACUGCCCCAUCAUCAAGUCGCUGAACAUCAUCUCCUACGCCGGGCUGGCCAUGGUCGGCUUGGGCGAGGCCUUCCGCAAGCUGGCCAUGUGGACGGCGGGCAGCAAUUUCAAGCACAUCGUGGCCACCAACAAACUUGAGAGCCACGAGCUCGUCACCACAGGCAUUUACAGCUUGUGCCGCCACCCAGCCUACGCCGGUUGGUUCUGGUGGGCUGUGGGCACGCAAGUCCUCCUCUGCAACCCCUUUUGCUCGAUCGCGUAUGGCUGGGCGGCCUACCGCUUCUUUGCUGACCGACUUGAGUAUGAAGAAUAUCAUCUGCUGCUGUUCUUCGGCACGCAGUAUCACCGCUACCAACAACGAGUGCCCACUGGUGUUCCCUUUGUGCAGGGUUACGUCGCCCGGGAACAGCUCCUCUCCUAUCUCACAGCCCGCGAGCAAAGCGCUGCUACGAGCUCUUGA